CUGUAUAUGUGAUAUUUAUGUAUACCUUCAUGCUAGCUCGUGAACUCCCGAACAACCAGCUCUGCUAAUUUAUGCCUUGUUACCCGGCAGUGUUUUUCGGAGCGCUACACUUCUCCGCACUUCUGAAUAUAGAAUGAAAAUAGCGUUUUGAGUGCGAGAGUUGUGUUUGCGUGGCAAGCGCCACCGACUGACGAGCCGUGUCGGUGUCUUAUUCCGUCAAGUAGCAGGCUAUCGGUAACAGUCGUAAACACAUUGGCUGCUGCUAUCACGACGUGUACAGCGGGGUCCGCAGCAGCAAACGCAACAGUCGGCGUCGAAGGUGGAUUUUAUUGUCGGCCGCUGUCAUGGAAAAGGCAGAUUUCCUAAAAGGCCUUCCCGUCUACAACAAAAGCAACUUCAGCAGGUUUCAUGCAGACUCUGUCUGUAAGGCGUCUAAUCGGAGGCCUUCUGUCUAUCUUCCAACACGUGAAUACCCUUCUGAACAGAUUAUUGUCACAGAGAAAACCAACAUCCUUCUGCGCUACCUCCAUCAUCAGUGGGACAAAGAGAAUGCAGCAAAGAAACGGGAACAGGAACAAGGGGAGGGUGACAGCCCUGCACCUCCAAGAAAGAUCGCCAGGACAGACAGCCAAGAAAUGAAUGAAGACUCAUAAGUGUGAGCGUUUGUUUGCGUGUGUGUGUGUGUGCAGGGCAUAGCCAAUCAAAACAAAUUCAAGUAAGAAAAGGUAUUCCCACUUGAGUGACGGCUUCUGGCUAUACCUCUCAUAAGGUAGGCGUCUAAGAGUGCUUCACUGUGAAGAAGUAAAGUAAAUCCACACUUUGAAACAUUCGUAACAGCUCUUUGACAACUAAGACUCAGAGGUGUAUUUGCCAUUUGUUGUUGGGAUAUGUGUACUGUAUAAUGUAUGUUUGUAUGCAUGCCGAGCUGCGUGUAUUGUGCUGUACAUGUGAGGUAACCGAUUUGUUGAAAAGGCAGGUUUAAAGUGGGCGAGAGACUUGACCAGUCUAGUCUUGAAUAGCGUCUCUAUUUGACUUCUGCCGUUCUAUUGUUUAUUGUUCGAGUACAGCGCUUCCUGCCUGCCAAAGUGCCCCCCCUUUCAGUUUUACUGCCCACUCUGUAACAAUAGCGAUGUUUUCCCCGCUUUUUGAAUCCACACACACACGAGUGCACUGUGAAGAACAGCACAAAGUAGAAGCGCCGUUCUCACGUAUUUUUCCAGUGCAGCGCUCAAUUAUGUUUUGGCUGUUUUUUUGUUUUGUUUUUUUAAAUCCGCAUCUCCACGAAAGCAUCUUGCGCCUACCAUCUAAGCAAGAAAGGUUCGUACAAGCUAAUUUUGGAUUUCCGGGUCUGAGUAAAUUGUAACAGACUACAGUUUGUGUAAAUAAAUGUCAAUUUCAUAAUUUAAUUUAAUGUGCACUUGUUAAAAAAAAGUCUAUUUAGGUACAUUGUAAGAAAACUACAGUUAACAGCCUUGGUGCAGAGUAGACUUGAUCCUGGCCUUGCCUGUUUUUUUGUUUUUUUUUCUUUUUCUUUUCUAAUGGCAUUUGUGGAUUGUUAGCCUUAGAGGCCUUACGACUGGUCGUCACGGUUUGGAUCCUGUUGUGUUCCCGCGUCAACUUUUUUCUUAAGUAGUUUGAUGCUGCUGGGUUCAAAAAGAUUGUUUUUAGCAUGCAGUCAAAUGCAGUUGUCAUCCAGACUUGUUUUAUCAGUUCCUUUUACUGUUCAUUAAAAUACUGAAUAAAGAUAUGUACAAGUUUGUUUGAUGGGGAUUAAAACAAUGUGGUCUGUCAUCUUGCUACACGUUGUGUAAAUAUCCUGUCAGUUUCAGGCACAAGACCAUUUUAUGCUUCUGCUAAGACUGUUGUACAACACCUGAAGCCUUUUCCUCAUCUUAUGUGUUAGAUCAGAUGUUUUUUUUCCCCCCUAGCUUUGCUGAAAUAAAACUGGACUGACAUAAUUUGGGUCGCAUGGUGCUUUUUUUCCCCCCAGUUAGAGGUCUUUUGUAGACAAGGGCGUAGGUUUGCAUAGGGACGGUAGGGACAUAACACUA